AUGACAGCCUUAACGGAAGAAAACAAAGAAAAUAGCAACUCAGUUGUCGAUUACGAUAACGAAGGCCGCAAACUCUUGGCUCGUGUGCAUCUCGAGACCAAUGAUGAUGCGCCCACCAAGAGUUGGCGCAAACUUAAUGCCAAAUCGACUUUAAUCUAUAGAGACCCUCGCACCGGUGGCACUGUUCAUGUUGGGAAUGCUGCAGCAGCUGGGUCGGUGGAUUUGCUAGAUGGCAUGGGCCAAUGUCGGAAAAUUGUCUAUUGCCAAGGAAGUAGCAAGUUUGAACAGAGGCCAUUUCGAGACGACCCAGAUUUUGAAUACUUUCACUUUCCAAUCGCUCAAUGGAAACGAGAUGUGGGACACGCCAAUUGCAAUGAUCCAGUGAGCGUGGCUCAGCAUUUCCAACCACUCUUUGACUUUUUGGACCACGAAUUAAAAGCUGGCAAUGCCGUGUUGAUUCAUUGUUUGGCAGGGGCCCAUCGGGCGGGUACCACCGGCAUUGCGAGUCUCAUGCACUUGACGGGAAUGAAUGCCAAACAAGCUACCAAGACUGCGCAAAGCUUGAGGCCAGUCAUCAAUCCCAGGAUUGGGGACUUUCCAAAACUACUGAAGCUACUGGAAGAAGGAUUGGAAUUAACAAGAGAACAACACGGCGAGAAACAAUAG